ACAAACAAAGCAAACCACGUUUCCGCAGGGUCCAAUGGUCGGUUGGUAGUCUAUUUUCACUUCCAUCGUCUUCAACCCUUUUCUCUCCUCACAACCCCCUUCUUCUAAUUCCAUUACACACCUUCUCAAGAACUCGACAGACCAUAUCGCUUUUCCUGUGUUUUCCGUCUGAUGAGGAAGCUGUGUCCGAACUUGGAUCGCGAAGAUGGGCUGGAGACGGUCCUCGAGGUUCCGAUUCCGGAGGAGAUGUUCGCCGCCGGAAACGGCAAGAGCCAUCACAACCGAGCAUGGCAGAACGUGAAGUCAUGGAUGAGACCCACGAGUGCUACAACGCACCAGACGGAGAGAUCCAUAGUUGCAGCUGCUCUGUUCGGAGGACGCAGCACAGAGAUCCAGCUUCUUCUCGGCGUUGUUGGUGCCCCUUUGAUUCCUCUCCCGAUUCAAACCGAUCACGAUGAACAAUCCACAAGAAACAUCAAAGAUCACCCCAUUGAGGCUUCAAUGGCGAAAUACAUAGUGAAACAAUAUAUAGCGGCGGUUGGGGGGGAGAAGGCAUUGGAUGGUAUAGACAGUAUGUAUGCAAUGGGGAAGGUGAAGAUGGCGGCGUCUGAGUUUUCUCACGGGGAGGGAAGUCUGAACAGUAAGCUGGUGAAGACGAGGAAUUUGAAGAACAAUGGCGGCGGUGGUUGUGGCGGGGAGAUGGGAGGAUUUGUGUUGUGGCAGAAGAGGCCGGAGCUUUGGUGUUUAGAGUUGGUUGUUUCGGGGUGCAAAAUCAGCGCCGGCAGCGACGGAAAGGUGGCUUGGCGGCAGACUCCAUGGCACCACUCUCAUGCUUCCAGGGGCCCACCCAGACCUCUCAGGCGCUUCUUGCAGGGACUCGAUCCAAAAACCACUGCCAACCUCUUCACCAACUCUGUCUGCAUUGGAGAAAAAACAGUCAACAACGAAGACUGCUUCAUCCUCAAGCUUGAAGCAGAGUCAUCAACCUUAAGAGCCCGAAGCAGCAGCAAUGUCGAGAUUAUCAGACACACAAUCUGGGGAUGUUUCAGCCAAAGAACAGGCCUGUUGACCCAACUAGAAGAUUCCCAUCUCCUCAGAAUCAAAUCAUCUCAUCACAGUGACAGCAUCUUCUGGGAGACGACGAUGGAGUCUUUGAUCCAAGAUUACAGGACAGUCGAUGGCGUCAACAUUGCCCACUCCGGGAAAACAUCGGUGUCCCUGUUUCGGUUCGGGGAGAGCUCGGAGACGCAUUCCAGGACCAGAAUGGAAGAAGAGUGGGAAAUUGACGAAGUUGAUUUUAACAUAAAAGGGUUGUCAAUGGAUUGCUUUUUGCCUCCUGGUGAUUUGAAGACCAACGAAGAAGAAGGAUCUUGCGGUAAUAGUGAUAGUAGCCGUGAUAGCAUUAGAAACAAUAUGUUGCCACUGAAGAUUAUUAGGUCUGGUUCUGCUAGGUUUAGUGUUGCAAAAAUAGUUGCCAUCGAUGACGAUGAUGAAGUUGAUGAUGAUGAUGGAUUGUAAUUGUAAAUGUGAGAUCUUUUUUGUACAUAUAUAUAACAUCAUGAUGAUGAGAGUAGUACAUGUAAUGUUUUACUUUACUUUCGGUUGAAUAUGAUAUGAAGGGCUUUUUGAGUUUUCGAGAA